UUCUAGUGGGUAAAGAUGUUGGAUUGGGCGUUCCAUGAAUCCUCUGCCUGCUCUUACUUUCGCUGCUCUUAAUUUCGCUGCCCUAACAACGCCAUCUCUUCCAGUGAACAAUUCCUCUACUACCCCCAUGGGCCACUCGGUUUCGCUCAUCAGACUUAAUGAUAACAACAUCUCCUACGGACAAGCUGUUAGGUUUGGUGUUGUGUUUCUCCUCCACGUCCGACCCGCAAACGAUCACUGGUCCGUAUCUUGGCAAAGUCAUUGGCGCCGAUUAUCAAGUGCGCAGUUGUACCUGGUUCUCGUCUUUCCUUCUUGUAACAUAUCGAAGUGUGGUGCUUCCCAUUGCAAAUUCUUCGAGUAUUUCUGCUCUGACAAUCGCUGGCUCGGUGUUUGGCACUGGUGCAAUUGAAGCACAAGCUCUUAUCGGCAUGUAUUUUCUUCGUUUCUUCGACGCUUUGGACAUUAUCACAGUUCAUUGCCUUAUGUUGUUCGCUACAACAAUAAAGACACGCCCCCGGGCUCGCCCUCGACUGGUUUCCAGUUUCAUGAUGUUUGGCAAGAAAUGCUCUGGACUGAUCUCGACGGAAAUUUGAGCUCUUUGAUAUCGGUUCGUUGGA